CAUGCAGCGCUGCUGCGUUUGCGCAGUUACUUGGCAUUUAGAGUAAUGGCCGUUUAUAAAUGAGGUGAAGCGCUGUUCCCAGGGAGAUGCUGCCACUCUCUGCCGGUCAUUCAAUCCCGAAGAUUUCCUCACAGUGAAUGAUGAUGAUAAUAAUAAUAGCGGCAUCUCGGAUUGUAGUGAGUACUCAUGGGCUGCUGUUGGGCCUUCAAACAUUGUUUUUCCUUCUGGAAGCUUCUCCCAUCUGUGGAUUUAAGUUACAGCUGGCGGAGUUCUCGGUGAAGUUGCUGCACUCUCACUUCCAUUUGUUAAUAGUAGGAAUGGUGAGAGAGACUGCCUGAAAUUCAAACCUACAGUUGCCAAUAAAUCCGAAAUUCUAAUGCUGCUGCGAAUGAGAUAACAUUAAAUUAUUAAGCUGGAAAUCCAGUUUUUAUUUUUUUACCCAAAGCAUCCAUAUGAGAGGUUGAGUGCCUCAAAUCUUGCAGAAUGUUUGGGGACAUGUUUGAGGAAGAGGAAGACUCUAGCUUCAUGUGCAAUAACAAAGUGGAGAAUGGGAGAAAAUCAAGGAAAAAAAAUACCGAGCCACCAGCGCGUAGAGCAGCCUGUAACCUCAGUGGAAUCAAAAACCAGGGAGGCACCUGCUACCUCAACUCAUUGCUUCAAACACUGCUUUAUACGCCGGAAUUCCGAGAAUCACUAUUCGCCCUAGGACCCGAGGAACUGGGAGAUUUAUCAGACAAAGAUAAGCCAGAAUCUAAGGUGCGGGUCAUCCCAUUGGAGCUACAAAGACUCUUUGCCCAAUUAUUGCUUGCAGACCAGUUGGCAGCAUCCACAUCUGAUCUAACUGAUAGUUUUGGGUGGACAAGUAAUGAGGAAACCAGUCAGCAUGAUGUGCAAGAAUUAAAUCGAAUUCUGUUCAGUGCACUGGAAAGCUCUUUAGUUGGAACCUCUGGCCAUAACCUCAUUAAUAGACUGUACCGUGGAAUAGUUGUUAACAAGAUAUUAUGUGAGGAAUGUGACAACAUUAGUGAAAGACAGGAGGACUUUUUGGACCUGACUGCGGCUGUGAAGGAUGUCAGUGGACUAGAAGAAGCCCUGUAUGACCUCUAUGUUGAAGAAGAACAUUUUGAUAAUGAUAAUCUCUAUCAGUGUGGAAGGUGUGAGAAAUUGGUUAAAGCAAUUAAGUCAGCAAAAAUACGGCACCUUCCCACGUUCCUGACCAUUUCAUUGCUACGUUUCAACUUUGAUUUUGCCAAGUGCGAGCGGUACAAGGAGACGGGAGGGUACUCCUUUCCUGUCAGACUUGAUAUGCAGCCAUUCUGUGAGCACGAUAACCUGCCAGGCACUGAAUAUGAACUUUUUUCUGUAAUCAUUCACAAAGGAGGUUGCUAUGGAGGCCAUUACCAUGCUUAUAUCAAAGACAUCGACCAACUAGGCAACUGGUUCUCUUCAGAUGAAGAGAAAGCAGUCAUCAGUUCAACUAAAAAUCCAACAAACGAUGCUAGCCCGUUGGAACUGGGAGAUCCUCUGGAAAUUCUGAGAGCUAUUCUAGUCCAGUUAGGACCCGAUGGCAUACUGGUUGACCAGCUGGGACAGAAAUUGCUGGAGAAGGUUGGUGUGGCAUGGAACAAAAGAUAUCGCAAGCAGUGUGGGUCCAUAAGGAAGUUUCUCGAGAGUCAUCCUGAUGUGUUUCUGUUAAAAGCAAAUGGAGCGCGGGUUGCUCUAAAACACUCUGAACAUGGUUACUCAGGGCAACAGCUCAAUAAAACCAAAGUCAGGAAAACACAGAUAGGAAAUUCCAAAGCUGACAGUGAACAUGGGGAUGAUGCGGAGAGAACACAGUCUAUCACACCUACUUCUGAAGUUCAUUGGUUUGAUUUUGAUGAUUCCCAAGUGCGUCCUAUUCAAGAGAAAGACAUUGAGAAGCAAUUUCAGGGCAAGGAAUGUGCCUACAUGUUGUUUUACAGAAAAUCUCAACUGCAGCGACCAGAGCAGGCCCGAGGAAAUUCAAGGUACAAAGUACCAGCCAAUUUGCAGGAAGAGAUGGCCACCCUAGAUGCCAAUCUUCAGCAGCAAAGGGCAGAAUUUGAUUCUGCAGCCAAUAACAUUGAAAUCCACCUCCACUUGGGUCCCAUGUAUAAGUUUGAAAAUGGUGCCUUACAGCCUGUUUCUUCCCAGAAGGACAGUGUGUUGACAAUAACCAUAGACAGGAGAAAAACAGUUGGUGAUCUCAUGCAGACUAUAUUCCAGCAGUUGGAUUUCUGGAAGGGCGAUAUGGUGAUCAGUCUUGCCAAGCAAUUGCCAGCGGGCCUUCACCUUUAUGAGACCUUUAAAGAGGAUCACAGCUCUCUGCACAGUCUGGGCAUUACAGAUGGAACAAUUCUUUUUGUAUGGGAUGGUAACAAGGUCUGUGGUGUGGAUGUACAAAUGGGUGAGGAGUUUGAACCAUUACUACUUAACAUACUGUAUCCUCACCUGAGGCGCAAAUCAGAAACUGAAAUCGUACAGUUCUGCGAGACACAAAAGGUGUUCACCCGGAACACAUGUUUUGGUUCCAUUCGGGAAGCUUUAGCCUUGUCGACAGGAAUUUCCCCAGAGGAGCUAACACUUUGUUACAGGAAGUUCAAAAAUAAAACAUCCUCAAAUUGGGUUGCUUGUGACAAUGAAGAUAUACACACAACUCUUGCACAACUAAGACUUAAAGAUGGUGAUUCAAUGUUAGCAACAGACCAGAAAUACAAUGGCUUGAGUGUCCCCUGUCCCAAUGAUAUCCCUCUAAAUGUAGUACCACAAACAGAUCGCAGCUGGCUACAGAUUAAGAAUUACUGUGGUGAGGGAUUGCCACAAACUGCAGCAACUGUGGUGACCAUUCCCGUUACUAUGGAGAUGUUGGUUUCAGCACUUAAAGAUAAUGCGAUUGAAAAACUGAAGUUGAAAGAUGAAAAAGAAAAUGAAAUCUGUUUGAGACCAAUUGACAGAGUUGGAAAGCUCCUCCCCCCAGUGUAUGAAAAUUUGACUGUGAAGGACGCUGGGUUUAAAACAGGAAGCACGCUAGCACUUUUUCCUGGCAGAACUCCUACAGAGACACAGCUGUUCUUGUAUUUCACUAUUGGGGACCGACUUCACUUAAGCCCUGAGAUGGAGAUUGUGGCAGAACAGAGCAUCUCAGUGCGAGAGUGCUUGCAGCUGAUGUUAGAGAAAGCUGGAUUAUCAGGAGAACAUUGGCACUUACGGAAAACUGAUUGGUGCUGUGAUGCUGGAGAAGUUUUGAAAGACGAGGAAGCUACAUUGGCAGACAUGAAGAUAACCAAUGGAGAGACACUUAUUAUCAUGGAAGGGCGACUUCCACCAAAGGGAUUCCUGACGUUACCCAUCUGGUUCUACCAGCCUGCACUGAACUCGGUAAACACAGAGUACUUUCAAGCGAAUAAAAGCAUUGAUGAAGGACUUUGUUCUUUAAGUAUCUUGCCCACUACAAGAGAUUUUAUGCCACAGCAGUAUACGGACACUGAGUUGGAUUUCUUGGGCAAUAUUGAGAUAUCUGGUGAUGCGAAUCUUGAGGAUUUAAAAGUUCAGGUUUUGACUUUGCCUUUGCUGCAAGGUUUCUCCGUUCCUUCAGUGCAGUUUCUCAGGGUUUGGCUGCUCGAGAACAAAAGUCCUGUUAAGAUCCUGCGCAAUCAGCAGCAGCAGCUUGGCAAAUUCAAGUUUGGGAGUUCUGUGGGGAUUGGGAUUCAGCUGCUUCAGGCGGAAGAACAUUUAGGUUCCACAGAGUUGUUGCUACGCCUGCGGAUGGCAGUGCCUGGCGAAAGAACCUAUUAUCCAGCAAUGGAGGUUGUUUGGGAUGUGUCCAAGGAAUUCACAGCUCGGGCCCUCAGACAGAGAAUCUCACAGCACUACUCAUUGCUACCAGAACAGAUUGAAAUUGCCAAACAGUUUACAGAUCUGUUUGAAUGGAUGCCAAUAACCACCUGGAGCCAACAAGUUUCAAAGAAGAAGAAAAAAAAGAAACUGCAGAGCCUUCAGGGAGCGCCAUAUUAUCUGAAAGAUGGAGAUGUCAUUGGAGUUAAGAAUCUGUUAAUUGACAACAAUAAAGACUUCAGCACCAUGACUGAUGACAUUGGUAAGGAGAAACUCAAACUUGAAGACAAUAGUAAGGACAAAAGUCAGCAAAGUACUGCACAUCAGAGUGGUGAUGCUACAGAAAAUAGUGAACGACAGAUAGUUCGUGGUCAAACUCGCAGACCUGAAGUGGCCUUAUCCAUCAGUGUAGCAGACUUCAGAUAAGAGCCGUGGAAACUGGAAAUGGAUGGCUGGAAUAAAUGGCGAGCUUUUGUCAUGAUUGCAGGAAGUCCACAACGAGGGCAUUGAAUUGCUCUCAGAAUGACUCAUCUCCAGUGAAAUGCCAAGAAGUAAAGGAGCCAAUUGUAUCAGCUAUAAAGUGAGGGUUCAUAAUAAGUGGACAAAAGCUGACAUUGUUCACUCCAAUUUGGUUUGUGUUCGAUGGAGAUUCGCUGUCAUUGUAUCAAACUGGGAAAAGAUUCAGAAGGACAGAUUGAAGAACCAUCUCUAGAAGCCACUUGGGUAUUGUAUUUGGUCAAUAACUGCCAGAAUGAACAUUUUAAAGAUUUUUAUUUGGUGUAAGUGUUCCAAUUUAAAAAAAAAAUGAAACUACCUAUGCAAUAAAUGGGAUGCCACUCUCAAGAAAUUUAGCGCUUCUAACACCAACAACCAAUGUUCAUUUAUGUUGUGAAGCGCUCGGUAUUGCAGUCGUGUUUUGGUAAUGUGUUCAAGUGAAAAUCGCUCUUGCACUUGUUCUGAUCUGAUUGAUGCAUUGACUUAAUAUUUGUGGAACCAUAAAAUCAAGUGCAGAAUCACAUCAUACACAAGACUUGUAAUUUUGAAAUGUGUUUUUGUUUAAACACAGGAUGAUUGUGUAAAACAAAAACAUUUAAGUGGAUUUUAUGGUCUCAUUUUUGGUGAGAACCCGACUUGCUGGCAAGGACUGUGCCUCACAUUAACACUUGCAACCUCAGGAGUAUCCAUUUCAGAGAAAAAUCUGUUUACUAAUAAUACACAAGUUGAUAAUUUUAGGUAGAUGCAACGUAUAUAAUGUAUGGGAUGAAAUAAAAAUAAUUAUGUAUGGCCUUAUGAUGCCAUUGGAAUAACCUCUCAAUAGGGCCAUUGUUUUCCUACUUAAACUCUUCCUAUGACAAGAAACCUAAUAUUUUUCCCGAUUAUUCAUUUUGCUGCCUGGUUUACAUAUGCCUUAAAAAGAGACCUAAUCUCUUGUAUAGGAUAGACUGGCCGCAGGGCACUAAAAACGUUACCUGCGUGCUAGUAGGGUAUGCUAUUUCCUUCCAACUAUCAAAUUAGCUUUCCUCCUAUUAGAAUCUGCUGCUAAUAAGUGCAACCAAGUGCUAAAUGGAUAGAACAAAAUCCUUACUAGGCCCAUAUUUGGUCCUAAAGCUCAGUAGCGCAGCAGUGCGGAAUCUGUUUUGUUAAUCUGGUCAUACAUUCCACACUCUUAAAGAUUUUUUGUCUACUGAUCCCACUUAACAGAAUUUCACUAUUAAAUUAUGUGUGAUGUAUGGGAGGGUUGCAAUGAAAUGAGUUCAUUGAAGGAUACAAUGUUAAAAUAAGUUAUCUACAUUGACCUUAUGAACACUUUCUGCACCUUCAGACAUUACACACAAAAAAAGGUGAUUUGCUCCUGCCAGGAUUACAUUUGUGCCAUUGUCUUUUACUGCAAAUUGCAUGCUACAAGAAGACUACAAAUUAAGAAUAAUAGUUUAGAUUUUUUUUUUAAGGUAUUUGAUCUGUAACGUUAUCUCUGUUUCAAUAUGCACGUGUUUCCUUGCUUCUUUGGUAUUUCCAAAAUUUUUGGUUUUCAUUUCUGAUUUCCAGAAUCUGUUAUUUUACUUUCUUGAAUUAUUGCCCCAAAUUAGUAUAUUCAGUUCUAUUUACUUUGUCCCUGUAGAGCAUCAGUGAAUGUAGUAGAACACAUUUCUACUUACAACUGAUGCUUUUGGAUGUGAUUGGUUACAGAUUUAUCUUCAGUUUGGCAUUUGUCUGUAAAGAUGUUCGUCCAUUAUCCUUUCUCUCCAGUUCUUCGGGAGUGAUGAUGGGUUACAUUUAUUUGAGUUUCUUCUUCGGCAAGCUCAAUGAAACAUGACAAUAGUUCAUUUCAGCUUGUAUAUUGCAUGCAGGUUGCAUUUUGUCUGUUUAAGUCAAUGGCAAUAUUUAAAACAAAGGCUAGAAAAUGUAAUUCCUUGCAGGCACUGAUUCAACCCGAGGCAUUUCUGGCCCAUUUCUUGCAUCCCUCCAGACAGAGGUAGGUUGACAAGUGCAUGCAGUGUUUUUACAAAACCAAGGCUUUUUUGUCAGAUUAAAUAUGUGAAAAUCUGUUAAUGGAACAGGGCAUAAAUCUAAUAAUUACUCGGUUAGAUGGCAUAAAAAUAGACCACUGUACUAAGUGCUUAAUUACUUCAGAAAGUGAUUAUACUUGUGGAUGAUUUGAUUUGGCCCAUUUGUUGGCAUAGCUGUUUUGGUUUCCUGUCUAUUUUACACUGCCAUAGUGCAUGGACAAUAGAAUUUCAUGGUUGAGAGUAGGAUUGAAUUUUCCUGCUCCAAUGCAAUCAAUCUCAUUGUCCCACACCACAGGUAAUUAGGUCAAGGAAUGGAGAGAAUGGUGGUGAUUUUGACAGCAUUACAACAGAUGAGUAGAUCAUGCAUGGAAAAGAGAACAAAACAUUUUGGAUUAAGGAAUUCAAGUUCAUCCGGGUUGUUACCUGAAAACAGGCAAACACUCAAGUCAGCAAAGAUGUAAGUCUAGCAUUCAGAGAUGUUUUGGCAUCUAUUGAAAGAAAGAUCUUAUAGAAGUUGAUCGAGGAUAACCCCUUCUAAACUGAUCAAUUACAAUUAUUCUGUAUGGAAAAGAAGGAAGAUCCUCAUUUGCAUUUUCCUAAGGAAUUGGUUUAUUUUUUAUCAAGGAUAGGCACAAUGCAAUAAUUUCGUAUGUAAAUCUCUAUAAAUUGAUUAAAGGAUUUAUACAAAAAUAUUCUUGUGAUCGGUUUAUUUUUAUCCAUGUUUUGGAUGCAUGUUUUGGAUGAUUUGACUUGUUCCUGCCAGUACAUCACUAUUCAAGAUCUUAAUUAAUGCAGCACGGUUAAUACUGGUUUUUCCAGUGAGCCAUCAGAAGUUCUUCAGGGAAGAACUUCAGGCUCUGAUUUAAACAAAUAAAAAUACAACCUCUACAUUAGACUCCUGCAAAACCUCAGUAAUUCAUUUUAGUUUAAUGCAUGUGGUUUGUGGAAUUGUCAUUUUGUCUCAACCUUGAACAGUAAACACAAAAUGUUCCAUGGGAUUUUCAAACAAGGUUUGUUUUUGAGCCACAUGCAAUGUUAGGCAAAUGUGACUGAAAGCAUGGUCAGAGUCAGGUUUUAAAAUAUCCCAUAAUGUGAUGAAUGAGGCAGAGGGAAUUGCAGAAAUGCAAGUUAAAAAGUUGAGUGUCAUGUGACUCCUUCAAUAACUGCUGAUACAGAAUGUCAACUCCAUUUUCUGGCCAACAUUCCUGGACAGCCAGCGCUAAAGUGAUUGAAAAGUGGAUAUGGAAGAAUGAACUCGAUUUGCUAGAACACUUGAAGCACAAUUGCUUGAUUCCCAAGAUGUUAUUUGAAGAGCAAGGAGUUCUCUGGAUCAUAUUUAUCCCUUCGACAUCAGAUCCAAAGCGUAUUUUUGGUCUUUAUCAAAUUGUUGUUUGUUGAGCUUGCUGAGUACAAAUUGUCUGUAAUGUUGCUGAUGUUCUACCAAAAAAGUGCCAACAUUGCUUAUUCAGUACCUUUCACAAUUGGUCAAAGUGCUGUAUGUUUUUUUUUUAGUACAGGGCCCCACUUUUAAAAAAUGUAUGGAAGGGAAGUAUUUUCUUGAUUUUUAGAUAAAACAGCAGAUUAUGUAGAUGUUAAAAUCUGAAAAAUGGUGCUGGGUAAUGUUUUGCAAAUAAACUAGUUAUAAC